AUGGCGUACAUACCUUACCACUACCCAGACCCCACGUCGUCCCCAUGGCAAAUGGGCAAUACAGUCAUGGACAGCGUCAACAACCAAAUCGUUGACCCAGAACUAGAAAGCCAGCAUGCGCUUCGCUGUCUGAGCCCCUGGAACCCGCUUCAGAUGCCACGAUCAUCAACACCCCAUGCUCAAGGAACACUCUCUUACAUCCAACAUCCAAGUCCUGAAGCAGUCUUCACCGCAGGCAGCAUCAAAAUCCUCGACGGGAUUGCGACGAUUCCAUCAGCGACUUUUAGGCAAAACUCACCAUCUGACAAUCUAUCAUCUACUUGUAGCAGCGCUUUGAGCCCAUUGGGUGGCAGUGACUAUGGCGUAGACAAUACCCCUUCCACGCCACAGGACGACACACUGGUGCCCCAACUUGGAGCUCACUGCGAUACUUGGGGCUCAAAUGAACACCAAGCCUGGCAGUUGAGCGGCAUAGUCAAGCCCGAGGAGGUCAACUUCUACCAAGAGCCUUCCCAGAGCUUUGAAGACGAGAAAAGCACCGAUUUUCUUCCUCCAGGGUUUAGCAUGUUCAACGACAGCAACUACGAGAUCAAUGCUUACUAUCAGUCCUCACAAAACCAGUUGCCCAGGCAAAUGAGCCCGGUGGAAUCAUCUCAAAGAAUCAAAGACGAGAUCUGCGUGUCUGUGGUUGACCAAGUCGAGACUUAUCCCCAAGCUCCACUUGAGUCAGACGACGAUGGUUUCUAUGAAAAGAAUUUUCAGACUGGCGAUUGCGACAACGACAACGAUGGAGACUACAAGCCGAAGGGCACACGCAAGCGAGCAGGCUCGAGCACGAGUCGCCAACCCAAAGGUCGCAAACGGCCGUCACAAACGCAAUCUUCAACGCAGAGAAAGAAAACCAAAGCCGAAGACUCCCCUGUCACAAAGCAACAGUCAAUCCCCAAGCUACCUGGAAAGGGCAGCUUUCCUUGUGAGCAAUGCCCAGACAUCCACUUUAAAGACGAAUGUGGGCUACAAAAACACAUUAAACAACAACACACCCGCCCAUUUGUCUGUACCUUCAGCUUCGCUGGCUGCGACUCGACUUUUGCCAGUAAGAAUGAAUGGAAACGCCAUGUCGCGUCACAGCAUCUUCUCCUUCACUACUGGUUAUGUCAGCAAGACGCAUGUGCGAAGUUAUCCAACUCGCCCGACGCGCCAACUAAAGCAACGGGGGCGUCCCGGAGAUCUGGACCCUAUUCUUUGCCAGUCACUUGCACACACUCACUGCCGAAUGGCGCUAUCUUCAACCGCAAAGACCUCUACACUCAACACCUGCGAAGGAUGCACAUUCCGCCUGUCAUCAAGAAACAGGUCAAGCAAAGGAAGACUGUACCAGAAUGGGAGGAGCGUAUCCGCAGUCUUCAAGAGCAGGCACACAAACUACGCUGUAAGCUUCCUGACUACAUGGAAUGCCCGGCCGUGGGCUGCCAAUUCGUCUUCAAUGGGCCAAUGGCUUGGGACGAACGUAUGGAACAUGUCGCCAAGCACCUUGAAAAGGCAGCAAAUGGAACCGAGGACCCCAUCGUCUUCGGUGGCGACAGCGACCCAACGCUGACGACCUGGGCUUGCCGUCCUGACGUCGCAGUUAUCGUGGGCGACGGAGUGGGAAAUUGGAGACUGAACAAUCCCCUGAAACCUGAGAAGAAUGGCAAGGCUCAAGCAAGCAACUACAGCGAAGAGGAUGCCCCUGGUGAAGAGGUUGACGAUUAA